CUGCGUUCUCGGACGCUUCCCUCUUCUCUCCCAGCCUCCGGGCCUCCGCACCGACGCGGCCCGGGCGGGAGCCGAGCCGGAGCCGGAGUCGCAGAGACGCGGAAACAUGGAGGCCUGAGCCUCUGCCACUCGCUGGUCCGUGAGCUGGAAGCGGAUCUCCCUGCCGGCUGAGACAGAUGAAGUCUCUUGGAGGUGAGGUGACUUGCUGAAUCUCAUAAGGUUACUACACAAGGAAGAAUGAGGUUGUCUUGUGGAAAUGAAGGUUUAAGGACAAGUUGUCUCCCAGAUUAGAAGAUGGGAUCCAACAGCAGCAGACUUGGUGAUCUUCCCAAAAAUGAGUACUUAAAAAAGCUCUCCGGCACAGAAUCUGUCUCUGAGAACGACCCGUUCUGGAAUCAGCUUCUCUCCUUUUCUUUCCCUGCACCAACCAGCAGUACUGAUUUGAAGCUCUUGGAGGAGGCAACUAUUUCAGUCUGCAGGUCUUUAGUUGAAAACAAUCCUCGAACAGGAAACCUUGGUGCAUUGAUUAAGGUCUUCCUUUCUAGAACCAAAGAACUAAAACUUUCAGCAGAAUGUCGGAAUCACAUCUUCAUUUGGCAGACAAACAAUGCUUUGUUUAUUAUUUGCUAUUUGCUGAAAGUGUUCAUCUGUGAGAUGUCAGAAGAGGAAUUACAACUUCAUUUUACUUAUGAAGAAAAAUCUGGCAGUUACAGUUCUGACUCAGAAGAUCUUUUGGAAGAAUUAGUCUGCUGUUUGAUGCAGUUAAUCACUGAUAUUCCACUCAUAGACCUUACAUAUGAAAUAUCAGUGGAAGCUAUAUCAACAAUGGUGGUUUUCCUUUCCUGUCAACUAUAUCACAAGGAAGUUUUGCGACAGAGCAUUAGUCACAAGUAUUUGAUGCGAGGUCGAUGUCUUCCAUACACCAGCAAACUUGUGAAAACUUUAUUGUAUAACUUCAUCAGACAAGAAAAGCCACCUCCCCCAGGCGCCCAUGUUUUCCCUCAGCAGUCGGAUGGGGGAGGACUGCUGUAUGGACUUGCAUCAGGCGUAGCAACUGGACUCUGGACUGUCUUCACCCUGGGCGGCGUGGGAAGCAAAGCGGCCGCCACGCAGGCAAUUUCUUCCCCUCUGGCCAACCAGAGCCUCCUGCUCCUGCUGGUGCUGGCCAACCUGACAGACGCUGCAGAUGCCCCAAACCCCUACCGACAGGCCAUCAUAUCCUUCAAGAACACACAAGAUAACAGUCCUUUCCCCUCGUCAAUUCCACAUGCUUUCCAGAUUAAUUUUAACAGUUUGUACACGACUCUCUGUGAGCAGCAGACGUCUGAUCAGGCAACUCUCCUAUUGUAUACAUUGCUCCAUCAGAAUAGUAAUAUUAGAACGUACAUGUUGGCUCGCACAGAUAUGGAAAAUCUUGUUUUACCAAUUCUUGAGAUUCUGUAUCAUGUUGAAGAAAGAAACUCACACCACGUGUAUAUGGCGCUUAUAAUAUUGUUGAUCCUUACAGAAGAUGAUGGCUUCAAUAGGUCCAUUCACGAAGUGAUACUAAAAAAUAUUACUUGGUAUUCAGAACGGGUUUUAACAGAAAUUUCACUGGGGAGUCUCCUAAUACUGGUCGUAAUAAGAACCAUUCAGUACAACAUGACAAGGACAAGAGACAAGUACCUUCACACAAAUUGUUUGGCAGCUUUAGCAAAUAUGUCAGCCCAGUUCCGUUCUCUCCAUCAGUAUGCUGCCCAGAGGAUCAUCAGUUACAUUAACCAGGAGAAAUUCAAUUCCAGUUUGUUCUCCUUGCUGUCUAAAAAACACAACAAAGUUCUGGAACAAGCUACACAGUCCUUGAGAGGCUCGCUAAGUUCCAAUGAUGUUCCUCUACCAGAUUAUGCACAAGACCUAAAUGUCAUCGAGGAAGUGAUUCGAAUGAUGUUAGAGAUCAUCAAUUCCUGCCUGGCAACUUCUCUUCACCACAACCCAAACCUGGUGUAUGCACUGCUUUACAAACGAGAUCUCUUUGAGCAAUUCCGAACUCAUCCUUCAUUUCAGGAUAUAAUGCAAAAUAUUGAUCUGGUGAUCACCUUCUUCAGCUCCAGGUUGCUACAGGCUGGAGCUGAGCUCUCGGUGGAACGGGUCCUGGAAAUCAUCAAGCAAGGAAUUGUUGCUCUGCCCAAAGACAGGCUGAAGCUCCCAGGCUUCUGCGACAGAUCAGAGGAGCACUGUUUGUUUAGAGAAGUUUCCGGAAUUGAAAUUCAAGUAUGUGGAAGAGGAGCAGCCCGAGGAGUUCUUCAUCCCCUACGUCUGGUCCCUGGUGUACAGCUCGGCCGCCGGCCUGUACUGGAGCCCGCAGGACAUCCAGCUGUUCACGAUGGACUCCGACUGAGGGCAGCCCGCCCGCCCGCCACCGAGCACCUUCUCCUGUGUUUUUCUGGCGAACAGACCGGGAGAUGGCCUGGUGUGUCUCCUGUGAGGAUCAGGAAACAGGCGUGUUUCCCUUGCACACUCGGAUGUGGAGCAGCGGUGCCAGUUGGCAGUAGAUCACUCGGCUUCAAUUCUAGUACAAAAGGGGGGGGUGGCACAACAAUAAUAAAUAUCCAACCUGCUGUCCCACAUGCAAUUUUAUUUAUUUCUAAACCAGAACCAAGAGCUUUCCCAGGAGCCGCCGCCUUAGGCACAUGAUACUUCCCCAGGACAUUCUAUUUUUUGCAUGUUCAAGGUUUUUGUUUUAGUCGCGUGUGUAUGUAUAUGUGUGUUUCUUUCAACGCUGAGAAAUACCAAUCUGAAAAGAUGACGAGACAGGAAUUAAUGAGGAAAUGAAGUCGUCUGCGUGGUGAUUUAAUAAACACGGUGCCCGGGCAGUUGGCUAAGCCUUUAGAUCCCCUGCAUCUUUCCCUCAAAAAAGGAAAUGGCUCCGCCUCCUGAAGCCCAGCUCGGCUUUUCUGUGGAUUUGGCCUCUCUGCUGUGGCUGAAUUAAAUUGGAGUCUAGUACAAAUUAAGUUAAUCCACUCUGUAUUAAUCAUUAGGAAAGGAAAGCUUCGUUUCAAAAGCAAUCUUUUUUCUUCAGCCAGACUCAUGGGAGAAAAAGGAGACCAAUUUGAUUAAUACAGUACCCACAGGAGAUGAAAAACACGUUUUUCUCUUCAUUUCUGACAUGGUUUAAACUCGUUGGGGCUUAGAUGACCGCGCUGGGUCCCUGAGCUGGAGGAAGGCGCUUCUCCGAGGGAGCGGGCAGCGGCCCUCAGCCCAGCAGGCACUGGAGGCGUGGGCGCCCCGGCGAGCCCGGCCCACGCCCCGUCGCCCCUGCACAGUCUAGAUGAGAAGCAGUUUCAUGCACGAAGACAAAAGCACAUCAUUCCACGGGAGCCUGAGCAUCCGCUGCAGCCUGCCUCCGGCCCUCUCAGGAACCAGCUUCUGUCCCCAUGUCCCCGGCGGGUGCCUAGCCCAUCACAGUCUCGGAAAAGGACACGUCAUGCACGUCGGUGUGUCCCCCGGGAAAGGCCUGGGCGGCUCCAUCUUCCAGGCCUUUGGGGUCGGCUGGGCGGUUUUAUCCUCGCCUGGAGCAGCGCUGAAACCAAAGCUCCCACGUGGGGGAAGGACGGAUAGCUUUAAUUCGUUUCUGAAGCAUUUGAUUUGCUUCCAUGCAACCAAAACACAAAAUCUUCAGAGGGUCACGUGGGGUCGCUGAGUCUCUGGUGGGACCUGAGAAGUGUCCUCAGGGCUGAGGGCUGGGCAGUGUCGCGGGACAGCCUGUGGGCUGCAGGGCCGUCAGCUCUUGUGACCAGAGGAGCCCCCGUCUCCCCCGGCCGCCUGGCUCACCGAGGCGCCCCCAGAGCCCCGUCUCCCCU